AGCACAAUUCGCCACCAGUCGCUUUUCCUACACAGAACUGUGACGCUGUACAAAACAUUUCUCAAAUGUGAUUUCAAAAUGACUCCCCUCUUUCUUUUUUCUAGCACUUUUAUUCUUCUCUGGUCAACAUGUGGAGCCGUUAUAGACAUCACGGUCAUCAACAAGUUCCCGUUCGUUCUCGCGUCACCCUCGCGAGACUACACGUACGUGAAGUGCGUCACUCCCUACACCGCAACGUUCGGCGCCCUACACACCCCCAACAUACCCCGGAUGUCGUUCAGUAGGACGUUUAGAGACGAGGAAGCUGAUUGGCCAGGACAGGACCUCAUGUUCUUCUCCUUCGCGGGAGAUGAGAGAAUCGGCGGCUUCCAAUGUUCUGCCGGGGGAGAAGAAGUGGCGGCUGUGAAGAUGUAUGAAUCAGCCUCCUUUAUACCACCAACUUUUUCAUUGACCUUGAACCGCGGCGAUACCGCAACAAUCCGCAUGGCGGCGCAGCAGACACAGUUCAAGUCAGUCCGAUGGAAACGAAAUGGAGUGGCAAUAACGAAUAGUGGCAGCACUUACGUCAUCAGGGGGGCCGAUCCCACUAGACAUGAGGGGGUGUACAGGUGCUAUUACGACGGAGAACCGGAAGAUGGCGCUAUGAUCAGAGUCAUUGUCAGAGGAUGUCAGGAGAACAGGUGGGGUCCCGGAUGUACCCGCGACUGUCCCAACUGCCUUCACGGUGGAAUGUGCCACUCGGACACGGGGGAGUGCAUCUGUCCGCCAGGAUUUAGGGGAGACCGCUGCGAAAUACCCUGUGGAAGUAACCGGUUUGGACUGACCUGCUCCCACAAAUGUGACAACAGCGGCAACGGCGAUGACGCAUGCGCAGACCUGCAGUUCUGCCUCCCCGACCCUUACGGCUGUUCCUGUAACACCGGCUUCCGGGGACUGAGAUGUGACACAGCCUGCAGCGCGGGAACGUUCGGUGCCGGAUGUACGUCUACCUGCCACUGUCGUGAUGACGUCACCUGCGACCGCUUCACCGGGGAAUGUCCCGGCAACACUUGCGCGUGCGGCUGGGAGGGGCGGACCUGCCAAGACGAAAAACGAGACUACUGUGACAGCGCCCCUUGCGAGAAUGGUGGGACCUGCAGCUACUCGGCUGAAGAGGACACCUGUUUUGUCUGCGCAUGCCCGGCUGGUUUCACAGGGCAGGUUUGUGAGACGGAUAUUGACGAAUGCGAGUCGACCCCGUGUCAGAAUGGCGGCAUCUGUACAGACAGAGUCAACUCCUACGUGUGUGACUGUCCUGACGGGUACACAGGAGACAACUGUGAAGAAGAUAUUGAUGAGUGCCAGUCCAGUCCGUGCCAAAAUGGGGGCACAUGUUUUGAUGACGUCAACUCAUUUACCUGUGCAUGCCGGGAAGGAUACAGCGGGGAUACAUGCGAAGAUGAGGGGAAUGAGUGUGAGUCAAGUCCAUGUCAAAAUGGCGGCACGUGUCACGACCAGGUGAACAGCUACACUUGCAGCUGCGCACCUGGAUACCUGGGAGACAACUGUGAAACAGACGUUGAUGAGUGCUGGUCUAAUCCGUGUCAAAAUGGGGGCACAUGUAAUGAUGACGUCAACUCAUUCAGCUGUACAUGUCCUAAAGGAUUUAUUGGAAAUAUGUGUGAAGAAGAAAUGAACGAAUGCGAUUCGAACCCUUGUCAAAAUGGCGGCUCCUGCGCGGACCUGUUGAAUGGUUACAACUGCGCAUGCCCAGUAGGUUACCGCGGGGUCAAUUGUGAAGAGACUGACCAGUGUUCACCUAAUCCUUGUUUGAACGGCGGAAACUGUUCAGAGCUAAACGACACGUACAUCUGCGCAUGUCCAGAAAAUUUCAGCGGCGUGCAUUGUGAAAUUGAUGAUGCUGACCCUACUACUGCGCCACCGGUGAACAGGACCGACCCCUGUGCGCUCCAGCCAUGUCAGAACGGGGGAACCUGUGAGCUCGGUCUGGUGUCCUACACCUGCCGGUGCACCAGUGGGUUUGUCGGAGACAACUGUGAACUACAGAUUCCAACCUUCCCUUCAUAUGCGUCCAACACGGAAGAAACCAUGAGAGAGUUUUGUUCCAUCAACCCUUGUGAGAACGGCGGGACUUGUGUGAGUAACACGGAGACCUAUGUCUGCUUCUGUCCCGACAACCACUACGGCAGACAUUGCGAAAAAACUAUCAUCAAUGGAGGAGCCGGCAAUAAGGAGAGUCCUGGUACGUCCUCCGCUAUCUACCUAGCCGGUGCAGCGGUGGGAGGUUUUGCCGCCAUGUCGGUCCUGUUCGCCGCCGUGUACAAGUACGUCCAAUACGCUCAGCUGAAGAAAGUAACGCCCGUUCAAGUCAUGGACAUGAAAGAAAAACCGGGCCAAGGAUUCAAGAGGGUCGACCGGCUGCCAGAACUUGAGAAAGGCUUGGACGAAGCUAAGGGGCCGGGAAACGAGGGGAAACAGAAGAAGAAAGGGAAGAAGAAGAGGAGGAAGAAGUUGAGGGCACCCAAGGAGCUGAAUCCACUUCGGGGACCGAGACCACCGCCCAAUAUGGACGGCACUCAGCUGACUGAUCUCACUUAUCCGAAUGACGCACCCGCGACGAGGAUUAUCCGUCCUCCAAAGUACCUGGAGCCCAUACAACAUCCGUUUGCCAUCAACUAACCGCCAUGGCAUUAGGCAGAAUUGGUCUACAACUACCAGUAUCUCGGUGUACUCUACCACUGCAUAUACAUAUCUGCGAGAAUUGUAGUUCGGUUUUGGUUUAGUUAAUCAACUUUGGUGGUCGUAACCACUGGCAGUAGUAUUAUAUUACAACUUAGGGCCGAACAUCUGUAUCAGAUAUAAUAUCCACUAAAAUAAAAUCUGUACCUAAUUCAGCGUUUCGUAUUAUGAUCGUUUCCAUUAGAAUUACAACUUAUAAUGCUGUUAAGCUUUAAAUUAAGCUUAUUCGCAAAAAAGGCAAUGUCCAAGCAGUGCAAAAUGGCAGUAUUCCUUACAUCUAUAGAAUUGUGUGCGGAAACUGAGUAGAGAAAAUGAUGACAAAAUUUUGUUGAUAUAUUAAAAUAUUAGAUCAAUCUCUCGCCUAGCUUCAAAGUAUCUAAUUACUGUUGUUAGAUGAAUAAUUGGAAAACAAAUAGCGAAGCCGAAGGAUCGUCGCCAUAUGUAUAAACAAGGCUUUUGUUGAAUAUUCUUGCCUUUAACUUUCUUAAAAUUUGUCACAUGGUUUCUUUAUAAUGUGCUUGGGAUGUGUUUUUUUGUUAAAGUGGCGAUGCUUUAAACAAAGCUGUCAAUAGAGAAUAUAAAAUGCAUGUUUUAAUCAGUAACAUGGUGCAUUUUAAGGGUGUGACUAUAGAAGUAAAACAAGAAGAAAAAAUUAUUCUAAUCGUC